AAAUUUAAAGUUUAUUUAUUGUGAAUAUGUUUAAAUUGCGAAACUAAAAAGGUUGAAUUGGUUGGUUUUUUAAAAGUAUUUUGUUUUAUAUCAAUACAAUUUGUGAUUAUAAAAUUUAAAAAUUUUAAGAUGACUAUAUUACCCAAAAAAAAAGAGCAAAAAAAUGAUGAGGUAGAAAGAAAUCGUUCAAGAAACAGAACCACUCGUAGUGGUGAAGUUGUUAGAAAUAGAAAUAAUCAAGAUGAAAACAUUUCGGAAAGUUCGAAUAGUUUAGAUAAAAGAGACUCUCAAGAAUUAUUAAAUUUGCCACUUCAUAAACGUUCGAGACACCGUCAAAGUUCUAACUAUUUUUCAAAAAACAGCAGAGAAACUCGCGAAGGUAGUGUCAGUCCGCCAUAUGACGUUAAUGAAAAUGGAUAUAAUAGUUCUGAUGAAUAUGAUAGUCUUCGAGAAAUUAAAAAGGGUGUUAUAAAACUUGAUGGUCCAACUGCAGAGCAAGAAUCUGAGUUUGAAAAGCAGUUACUUCUAAAAAGGGGUUUUCAAAUUAAACAAAUGGGUACAGACGGAGCUUGUUUGUUUAGAGCUGUAGCUGAUCAAGUUUAUGGAGAUCAAGAGAUGCACAGUGUUGUAAGAAAACAUUGCAUUGAUUAUAUGGUUAAAAACAGUGAUUUUUUCUCUCAAUAUGUUACUGAAGAUUUUCAUACUUAUGUUAGAAGAAAAAGAAAUGAUUCAAUUCAUGGAAAUCAUGUGGAAAUGCAAGCGCUUAGUGAAAUUUAUAAUCGACCCAUCGAGGUUUACCAAUAUGGAUGUGAACCAAUAAAUAUUUUUCACAGUCGAUCUUCUAAUAGUGAUGAAAAUCCACCACUACGACUCAGUUAUCACGGAAGCAUACAUUAUAAUUCUGUCAUUGAUCCAUAUAAUCCAACAGUAGGAGUAGGUCUUGGACUAGCAGGAUACAAACCAGGGAUGCAUGACCAAAGAUUGUUACAAAGUACAAUACAAGAAUCCGAAGCUCAGCUUUUAGAACAAGAAAUGUUACAAGAUAAGUUAAAAGCAACUGACUGGGAAGCAACUGAUGAACACCUAACUGAAGUUGCUGCUAGAGAAUCUUACUUAGAAUGGGUCAGAGAAAAUCAAAGUAAAGAAAAAAAUAACGGUGCCUCGAGUUCUACUUGUACUUCAUCUCAAAUUCGGAAUUCGCCAGGACAUCGUUCACCAAGUAACGAGAGCAACUCUCGAUGUUCGCCUCGUGGCGAAAAGCAUAUAAAUUUAUCAAUGUUAUCAAAAGAUAAUGAAGCAAAUGCUAAAAAUAAUACUUGUAUUUCGCUAUCAACUCCAAACGUAGAUGAUUGGAGCUAUGCUUUAGGUUAUAGCGAAGAUUGGGACACUGACCCGGUAUUGGCUGCAGUACUUGCGCAAUCACAACAGGAGUAUUUGCAGGAAAUAUCGAGAUUAAAUUCUACUGUAAAUAAAGAAUGUGACAAAUAGUCUACCUUAUUUCAACUUCAAGUUAUUUUUUUUUCUGUUACCAUUCAACGACUUUAUAUUCUUGUAUAUUUUCUUUACUUAAAACAUAAAAAAUGAUUUUUUGUAA